UUCCUCUCACUCUGCUCAAUGGUGGUACCAACAGUACAAAGAAUAGCAGAAUUUGUCCAAAUAAAAUUGUCGGUGCUGAUGCUGUUGGCAUGAAAUUGGAAGGCACCAAUGAUUCCAACAAUGUUACAAAAAAUAAAUUCAUUGAGGCUGUUAUGGAUAGUUUGAACAUUUCAAUCAAAAAAAAUGUUCCAGAAGUAAAAAUUGAAAUAAAUAAUAAUAAUAAUAUAAUAACUAAUAUAAGUAACAAUGAUAUUAUUAAUGACAAUGGUGAAAAUGCAGAGGCCAAUAAACUCUUGAACAUGUCGCAAGUCAUGAAGACAGCUUCUAUGAAAGCAGUACCGUCGACGAAAGACUCGCCAUCACACGACAGCAGAAGUUUGAAUAUAUUGGCUGCAGCAGCUGAGCAGUUGAGAAAAGAAGAAGAAAUGAAAACAAAGCUGCCCCAGUGCAGAACCAAACAAUCUGCCAACCAAGAGCAGGAUAAAGAAGACGUAUACCACAAUCCACGAAUCAGAUCACUGAUAACGUCAGAACACAGGCAAACGUUAAAACAAUUUUACGAAAAAAAUUCCCAUCCAACUAAGGAAGAUUUAGAGGAGUUGAUAAAAAAGAUGCCUUUUCCAAAGAGAGUUUUGCAGGUCUGGUUUCAAAACAUGAGGGCUCGAGAUCGCAGAAGGGCCAGAAUUUUUAUGGGGCGCCAGACUGAAAUGUGCAUUCUUGAUAGGGAACAUGUCGGUUCAAUCGAAAGUUAUAAUGAUGAUGAAGAGCGCCAAAAUAAACUUUCCAAUCAGUCCAGUGUUCUCAGAGAGAAUAAUUUUGAAGAUAAAUCUGAUCAGAACACUGAUGUUUUAGAGAACAAAAAUUCUUCUCUUCAUCAUGCCAGGGACAAGGAACUCUGUGAUAACCAGCCAGAAAAGGAGUCUCAACAACAAGUUGACGAGCCUUUGGAUUUAACAAUUUGUUCAAAUCAUUCUUCUGAUCUUAACCAUGUUAAUAAAAAUAGCACCAUUGAUAAAACCAUUGACGUUGAUAAUUGUUUGAAAAGAAUGGACAAUGUUGAACAGUCUGAAUGCGGUGAUGUCGUUUUGAACCUGUCAAUCAAAACCCGCCAGGACCCUGAGGAUCAGAUGACCACUGAAUCAAAACCAGCAACAAUUCAAUCACUUUCACCCACGUGUUCCUUACAGUCAUCAUCAUCACCAAUCUCUUCCUUAUCAUCGCCAUCUUCUUUGCUCAUUAAAUUGAAAAAUAAUAACAGCAAAGCUCUGAAUGAUGUUAUUUUUAAAAAGGAUGUUGCCACAAUAAAGAUUACCGACUUGCAGGCACCAGCAACAUCAGCAAACAAUUCAGUGAGCAGUAACUGUGAUGUUAGUUCAAAAAUCAACAGCAAUAACAGCAAUGAUGUCAUCAACAAUGGUAACAGCAACGCCAGUGAUAACAUCACGGAACAUAAUGGCAUCAGCAGCAUCAACAAUGACGUCAACAGUAAAAGUAACACCAGCAUCGUCGACAUCAAAACAGAUAGUAAUCAGUCUGGUAUAGUAAACAAGAAGCGCGUGCAAAACAUCAGUAAGAUGUGUCAGGUACUGUUCCAGUGCGACCAGUGCGAUAAGGUGUUCAACAAACAAAGCUCUCUAACGAGGCACAAAUACGAACAUUCGGGGAAGAGACCAUUCGGCUGCGACAAAUGUGAGAAGGCCUUCAAGCACAAGCACCACCUGACCGAACAUCUGCGUCUGCACAGCGGGGAACGUCCGUUCGUGUGCCACCAGUGCAACAAAUCCUUCAGUCACUCAGGCUCCUACAGCCAACACGUCAACAACCAGCUGAAGUACUGCAGAGGGAAUGCUGCUGCCUCCCACAAGUCCAACCAUCAUCUCCUCAUUGGCAAAUUCCACUGCAAAGCUUUCAACAAUCUGCCCACUCAACAGAAUUAAUCUCUUCUGAUGGCCCUACAACAUAACACUUUAUUGUUCACUUUAUUUAUAUGUAACUCUAAUGUUUAUUUUAUUAAAAUUUUUGGAAUUCGAAAUAAAUAUUCUUUUUUCUAUUUCAAAACUUAUUAAGAUAUUGUGUGUGGAUGUGUAUAUAUGCGUGUUUGCGUGCGUAUUCGAACGCGGUGAAGUUUUGUUAUAACUAGAAGAACGUUAUGACGACAGUACUUUAUUAUGACAUGACUCUAGUCUUAUUUUCGAAUAUAUCACAAUUUGUCACCUUUUAUCGUUGCCAUCAUUUCACGGACGAUGUGUUUCAGGUACUCUGUUAUAAGAAAUUUGAGAGUGAAUGUUUUUGACUACUGAAAGUUAGCAGUAUUAUUUUCUUCAUUUUUAAGUUUUUCAUUUAAAGUGUUUCAAUAGUUAUAAUUGUGAAAAAGUUAAUGUUUUAAUUAUAUUAAUUAUACGCAAUUCCUAAGUUUAUCAAUGACCUUAUUAUUAUUUUUUUCCAAGUGUGCUAUAAUUUGUGGUUGAUAUUACAUGCUUUUGUUUGAGUUUUUAUUGCACGAUGAAACAGUUCAGUAUUAUGAAUAUUUACGGUAUGCAUUUAUAUUUAUAUUAUUUUAUAUUCAAACACCACUUUAUUUAGAUGGUAUUAACUAUUUUGUGCAAUUUUUCACUUUAUUUUGCCUUGUAAUCAAACUUUUGCUUGUUCAUAACCAACUAACUUUUAUCUUUUAAUUUAAUUAAAUUGCGUUUUUAAAUUAAUUUAUUUCAAUUAAUUUUGUGUGCUCUAAAUUAGUUUUUCAGGCUUAAUUUGAUGAAUUUAAUUUAUUAAUUUCUACAUUUAGCGUUACAGAUAUUUUUAUUGUUCAGUUACUUACGACUUAAUCAUUAUGCAUUCGUUCAGCAAUUUCCACGUCUAACUUACGCGCGUUUCCAUUAAUAACCUAAUCUUUACCAAACAGUAUUAUGAAAAUUUGUGUAUAUAUACAUACAAACAUAUUUCGUUUUUUAUAUUUUUGUAUAGAUCUUUCUAAUAAGGCAGUUUGUUUUAUAAUCAAAAAUUUCAAAAUACGGUCAAACCUUACAGUAAUUAAAGUUUUAGAAUUGUUUCACUAGCUCGGCGUGUAAAUACAAUAUUUGUUUUUCUUCAUUAUUUUGCAUGACACCAUAAUCAAAUGUCUUCCGAAAUGUACAUAAAAUUUUAAUGCAUUUAGCAAGUUUUUUUCAUUUCGCAAGGUUGUUGCGACUACCAUUGUUUUUGCGAUGUUAUUUUUUUUAAAGAUUCUUAAUUGAUUUUAUUGACUUGUAAUAUUUAAUAAAAGUGUGACUUGCAAAAGCCUAAAAA